AUGGAUGAUAAAUACAUGUCCAAACUGUCACCUACUGUUGAUUUUUGGGCAGGGAUGUACCUGCUAGUAAUUGCUCUCCUGUCCAUCUUUGGGAAUGCGGCGGUCCUGGUCAGCGCAGCUCGCCGUCUCACCCUGCUCAAAGCUCCCGAGCUGCUGACGGUCAACUUGGCGGUAACGGACAUCGGCAUGGCCCUCAGCAUGUACCCUCUGUCCAUCGCCUCAGCUUUUAACCACGCCUGGAUUGGAGGCGAUACAUCUUGCCUCUACUACGGCCUGAUGGGAAUGAUCUUCAGCGUCACCAGCAUCAUGACUCUGGCCGUGAUGGGGAUGGUCAGGUACCUGGUGACAGGAAGUCCACCCAAGACAGGUAUCAAGUUCCAGAGGAGAACCAUCAGUAUCAUGAUCAGUGUGAUCUGGAUGUACGGCAGCCUGUGGGCCUCGUUUCCUCUGCUGGGCUGGGGCAGCUACGGCCCGGAGCCGUUUGGGCUCGCCUGCUCGAUACACUGGAGCGGAUAUGGGGAGUCCAUGAACCACUCCACCUUCAUCAUGACUCUGUUUGUACUCUGCACCUUCCUCCCCUGUCUGGUCAUCCUCUUCACCUAUUUUGGUAUUGCGUGGAAGCUGCACAGAGCCUACCAAGCCAUCCAGAACAAUAACUUCCAAUACGGCAAUGUGGAGAAGAAAAUCACUCUUAUGGCUGUGAUGAUCAGCUCAGGUUUCCUGAUUGCUUGGACCCCCUACGUGGCCGUCAGCUUCUGGAGCAUGUUCCACUCGCAGGAGCAGGCCCGCAUGACGCCAUUUGUCACCUUGUUGCCGUGUCUCUUCGCCAAGAGUUCCACUGUGUACAACCCAUUUAUAUAUUUCAUGUUCCAGCGCACAUCUCGGCACGAGCUCCUCCGCCUCGAGAGACUGAUAUUUUGUUGUUCUCAUCAGACCAAUUCGACGGCUGAAGGAGAGAAGCUCAAAGGCAAAACGGUCAAAGUUACUAAUGAAACAUGCGGGGUCUAA